CCACAGGACCCUCCCCCCAGUGCCAACAGGGUCACCGACCCGCCCCGGCACACGUCGCACUGGGGGGAAGGGAUGAUGGACAGCCCAGCCCCACAGGACCGGCCCCCAAAGAACACCGAGGUCACCGACCCGCCCCGGCACCCAUCGCGCUGGGGGGAAGGGAUGCAGGCGUUGCCAGCCUUAGGUGACCAUUCACCCGACAGCAGUCGGCUCGGUGAACGGCCGCAGCUCCCGUCCCAGUGGGGGAGAGGGAUGCCGGAGCCCAGCCAUGCUGCGGGUUUGGCUCAGAAGGAGUCCGGGGCCCAGGAGCCGGUGGGUCCCCCCGAGGUGGGCGAGCAGGCCCUGCUGGCCAUGCUGAUGGCCGUGGCCGACAGCCCGCUGCCGGUGCGCAGCCAGCAGAAGGACGAGCCGGAUCUGACAGCGGAGGAGAAGCUGGCCAUCCUGCGGGCCCUGUAUCGGGACAAGCCCGUGGUCUUCCUGGAGCGCUUCCGGCGGGCCCUGCGCGUCGAGCACCUGGGCUGCUUCGCCCACCUGGCCGCCCGCUACGAAGUGCGCUUCUACUGCGAUGAGGUGCACCGGGCCGCCCGCGGCAAGGCCGGCCACACCCGGGUGCGCAACAAGAGGUACGCCGCCCUGCAGCAGCUCAUCAAAGGGGGGGAGUAUUUCAGCGACGAGCAGAUGCGAGCGCGGGAGCCCCUGCUCUAUGAGCAGUACAUCGGGCAGUACCUGAGCGACGAGGAGCUGCUGGCCCUGGGCAACCAGCCACUGGCCAGCCCCUGCUCCCUCUCCGGCGUCCUGCUCGACUCCUACCAGGAGCAGAUGCUCCAGCUGCGGCUGCACAUCCAGCAGGAGCAGGAGGACGCCUGCAUGGAGGAGGAGGAGGAUGACGACGAAGGUGAGGAGUCCAGCUCAGCCUCGGACGCCUGGGUCCCUGACACAGAGGAGAAGGCCUUCCUGCGGGAGGAGUUCACCAGCCGCAUGCACCAGCGCUUCCUGGACGGCAAGGACGGUGACUUUGAUUACAGCGAGGUGGACGAGAACCCGGAGUUCGACAAUCUGGACAUUGUGUCGCGGGAC